AUGGGCGUGUCCGGAGUAGUCACGUUAACUUUUCUACUUUCUCUUUCAUGCAGUGAUGGAGUACCUCGUUUCGCUAAUUAUCUUCAAGAUCACAUGGUACUACAACGAGCUCCACAAAGAGCUGUUAUUUGGGGAUUUGGAGAUGAAACCAAAUUAACUACACUUCGAUUCAACGAUAAAAUCUAUACAACCGUUAGCCGAAAAGAACGAGCAAAUAACUUAGGCGAAAGUAUUUGGUCAGUAACACUUGAUCCAGUUUCCGAUGAAGGGCCUUACGAUAUUCAAGUGACACAGCCAUUAGCCAAUGGUACACUUGCUACCAUAACACUUCAUGAUGUAUUAUUCGGAGAUGUGUGGAUAUGUUCUGGACAAUCCAAUAUGCAGAUGGCUGUCAUAGAUAUUUUUAAUGCAACAGAAGAGAUCAGCAACGCUGGAAAAUAUCCUAAAAUCCGAGUAUUUGCUGCCGCCUUGAAACCGUCGGAUACACCUGUCGAAGAACUACUUGGCAUUGUAGAGAACUGGUCGGUUGCAUCGUCACAAAGUAUCGGCGGGCCUUCGUUUACUUAUAUGUCAGCUGUGUGUUGGCUUUAUGGUCGUAUGAUCCAUGAAGCAUUAGGCGGUCGACCAAUCGGAUUAAUAGCGACGAGUUGGGGUGGUACAGCUAUUGAAUUAUGGAUGCCACCACCAGCAUUGAAAGAUUGUGGUAUUUCAUCUAAUGAGGCAGUUCCAUUACAAUCAUAUGGUCAGUCUUCUGAAACGCUAUCACUGAAUUACUCUAAUCUAUUCAAUGCAAUGAUCUAUCCUUUUACACGUAUGGUCGUUUAUGGUGCUAUUUGGUAUCAAGGCGAAGCAAAUGCUGGUUAUCAUACUGAUAAAUAUGCAUGUGCAUUUUCAAAAAUGAUACAAUAUUGGAGACAAACAUGGAAUCAACGUACAGGUGGAUUAACAGAUCCUACGUUUCCAUUCGGUUUUGUCCAAUUGUCAACUUUCACAAAUAUAACUACACAAGUCGGUUUGUUCCCAAUUAUUCGAUGGCAUCAAACAUUCGAUGUUGGUUAUGUGCCAAACAGUGUCGUGCCUAAAGUCUUCAUGGCUGUUGCUUUAGAUUUACGUGAUGAUCCUAAUAACAUUCAUCCUCGAACUAAACAUGAUGUUGGCUAUCGGCUAUCACGUGCAGGUCUUGCUGUAGCGUAUAAUCAACAAGUUGAAUUUCAGGGUCCCAUUGUAUCAAGUGUUAGUUUAGCGAGCACUAGCCAAACUGUGAAUGUAACUUAUAGUGGUGUAGAAAAUAUUGAACUACGAAAUCCUAAUGGCUUUGAAGUGUGUUGUCAAGGUGCCAAGUGUAGUGAUGAUACUUUAUGGGUGCCAGCAGUUGUAUCAAGUAAAAAUGGUUUAACAAUAACAUUAACUGUCGCUAGUCAAUGCGUUGCGCUGCAAUUGUUUGGUCUUCGAUAUUUAUGGCGUGAAACACCAUGUUUAUUCAAAGACGCUGCUAUUUAUAGUUAUACAGAUUCUAAUCUACCGUCUCCACCGUUCAUUAAAUACUUUUAA